AUGUUUAUAGCCGUCCACGUAGGUGCAGGGAAUUUGUCACGAUCCAAAGAACCACGUUAUCGAGCUGUGUUGGCGAGGGCAUGUGAAGCUGCCAUGGAGUUGUUAAAGCAAGGUGCCAAUGCAUCCGAUGCAGUCGCCCGUGCCAUUACUGUGCUGGAAGAUGACCCAACGACGAAUGCAGGAUAUGGAUCGAAUCUUACGCUACAUGGCACUGUGGAGUGUGAUGCAAGCUUGAUGGAUGGCAAAACGAAUGCAUUUGGUGCAGUGGGAGCAACGACUGGUAUCAAGAAUCCAAUUCUCGCUGCCAAAAAGCUGGCUGAUGAUUCGACACAAUUGCUACCCUUGGGACGUGUGCCACCUAUCAUGUUGACAGGUCAAGGGGCAUCCGAUUGGGCUAAGCACCAUGGACUCUAUACGGACGUCAAUUUGAUUGCAGAGGAAGCCUUUGAUACAUACAUGAAGCACAUGUCGAUGCUAUGCGAGGUGCAUGAUACUGUCGGUGCCAUUGGUGUGGAUUCAGAAGGUCAUGUUGCUGCUGGUGUUAGUAGUGGUGGUAUUUCACUCAAGGUUCCUGGACGAGUGGGCGAGGCUGCGGUGUAUGGAAGUGGAUGUUGGGCUCAAGAUGCUACCGAUGAGUCGCCAGCUGUAGCAUGCAGUACUUCAGGAACGGGCGAACAAAUCAUGCGCACAAUGAUUACAACCAAAUGUGCUCAAAGGAUCACUCAAGAAGACAACAUUCAAAGUGCGGUGACAACUUGCUUGCAAAAGGACUUUUUGGAUUCACCAUUCUUGCGGAUGUAUGACGAUAAGUCGGCUGGCAUGAUUACAUUAUGCAGAGACAAGUUGAGCGGACGAAUCGAAUUUUGGUAUGCGCAUGUCACUGAAAGCAUGGGGAUUGGAUGCAUGUCGUCAACCGCCAAGAAACCCAAGACCUUUAUUUCCCGAAAGUCAAGCAAUGAUGCGAUGAUAUCGGCAGGAUGGCUCGUCCAUUGA